AUGAACCGAGGCUCAGGUUUGAAAAAUGGUAUGCAUGGAGGGGGCUAUGUGCCUCAAGGAUAUGAACGUCAGCUCGCCUCACAGGCUCUUCCCGAAAGGCCGCCUGAGCGGGUGAAUCAGGACUCGAAUCACCUCAACCAGCACGAGAAACUGUCUUCAUCAACAACCGCCGAACAUCGACAGGUCUCUGCCAAACAGAAUGCGCAUGGCGGAGGUUAUAUUCCUACCAGUGGAAGAUAA